CCAGCCGGGUGCAGGAUGCGGACCCUGGCCUGGCUGAGCAUCACCAGCCUGUGUCUGGGGGCAGCUUGGGCUGUCCCAGCCAAGGAGAGGAGGAAGGCAGAGAAGCCAAAAGCUGAACUUGCACUCUACGAAAACCUGGACUUGGACAACUACGACCUGACGUUGGACAACUACGGUGACAUCCUUGACCUGAGCAACUAUGAGGAGCUCUAUGACUACGGUGACCUUGCUCCGAAGAUCGAGGUUGGCACCCUGGCUCCUCGCCCCAAGGACCCCCCAGCUCUUCCAAACCUGGGUGCCACUGCUGAAACCCCAAAGCUGGAGCCUCCAACCACCUCCAGCUCCAUCCACCCAGCACCCAUCCCUGCACAAGCCCUGCCCAGCUGCCUGCUCUGCCUCUGCAUUGGCACCUCCGUCUACUGUGAUGAUGCUGACCUGGAGCACGUCCCAUUGCUGCCACCAGAGACCACCUCCCUCUACGCCCGCUUCAACCGCAUCGGCACCAUCCGCGCCAGCGAUUUCAUGGGGCUGGAGAAGCUGAAGCGAAUAGACUUGACCAGUAAUUUCAUCUCCUGGGCGGAUGCAGACGCCUUCCGCCUGCUCCCCAGCUUGCAGGAGCUCAUCCUGCCCGAGAACAGGCUGACAGCACUGCCCGAGCUGCCCCACAGCAUCAUCCGGCUCGAUGCCCGUCUCAACAGGAUCCCCAGCACCGGCCUCCGGCCCGAAGCUUUCCGGGACCUGAAGCAGCUGCAGUUUCUCCAUCUGUCUGAUAACCAGCUGGAAUAUAUCCCAGCGCCCCUGCCCGAGAGCCUGCGCUCCCUGCACCUCCAGAACAACAACAUCCAGACCAUGCAUGAGGACACGUUCUGUGACAGCCAAGACCACAGCCAGAUCCGCAGGGUGCUGGAGGACAUCCGCCUUGAUGGCAACCCCAUCAACCUCAGCCUUUUCCCCAAUGCCUAUUUCUGCCUCCCCCGCCUGCCCACAGGCCACUUUUUCUGA